AUGGGGGCGCUGGGGCAUGUCCGGGCUUGUUUCUCUCACAUGGAUCUUAAUAAUACAUUUCCACAACAGCUCUUUCCUCAUUUUUAUCUAAACGGGCCGCCGGAUGUCAAUGUGAAGCAUGGCUAUGGUGGUUGGGGUUCAUACGAGCGACUGCUGGAGACCUCUGGUCAAAAUGCUCAGUGUGGUGAGGGGAGACAGGUGUCACCUAAGUUUCAGCCCCAGCAUAAGGUGAAUGGUGAAGUAUGGAUCCCCACCGAGCCCAUUGUAACACCAGUUCUGUCCCCCUGUAAUAGUAAUGAACUGUUUGAUGAUACAAUGUACUCUGGAUCAGUCAGUCCAGAUGACUUUCCUGACCAGAUGCAGUAUUUUUAUCUGCAUCACUACAUGGAUUCUUUCUCCACGAUGGGCCAGCUGCUCCAAGAUCACUUUAGUUUUGGCAAAACGUGUGGAAAAGAUUCCAUCAAAAUGGAUCAGAUGAAACACUUUCUAGACAAUUUAAAGUAUAAAAAAUGUGAGCGUGAAAAUUUUUCAAAACGUGCAAAUCGCUACCAUCGCCUUCUGGCUGAUGUCAUGCCCGAUAUUCCCUCAUCUCUUCUGGCUGAGCUUUUACAUGAGGAGCUAGUACAUCGGAGGACACUGGAACACUUCCAACCUGCUGCUACUGGAGGUGCACUUGGUUACAUUCCAUUUGGGGACAAUCAGAAAGAAGGCUGUCUGAUUUCUCCCACAACUUAUUCAUCAGGCUCUAUUAGUAUCCUUUAAUGUCUCUCCCUUUCUGUGGAUUUUCACCAUGUGGUUAUGGAGUACAGUGAAGGAAAGGUUCCACAUGUUAACAUUGCCAGCAAGCCUGUGACGUAUACCCUGAAUGGAGCAGUCCGACAGGUCAGUGUGGCUCGUGCAGAUGAAGAAGCGAACGUAGGGGUGCGUUCAGAUUAUUUCUGUGCAGCGUUUAUAAUAAGAGAUGGACAACGUCCUCGACCUGUGGAGGUGGUGCAGUUAAAAGAGCGUGCAACGUGCCUUACCGUCAGUCCUCAUCUUUCAAGGGAGCUUGUCGUAGCCAGUGAGAGUGGAGCAGCAUAUCUGUGGACUGUGGGAAAGGGCCUGCAGAAGAUCCGGGAUGAAAAGUCGAACCUGUACUUCAAUGCGAAUUCGUCAUGGCGAUGGUGUGAGUUCACAGCACAUCCGCGAGUGAUGGUUUAUGCUGACCAGACGGGUGCAGACCUUACAGACAUCAGGACUGGUGAUUCCCACACGCUGUUCCAGAUGGGGAAGACGGCUGACUGUAAAACUGGAGAAAGGGUGGUCCUGAGCAAAUACAUUGGUGAAAGCCACGCUUACCACCACCUUAUCACCACUCAGUUUUCUGCGUACAUCAUGGAUGAGCGGAUGCCUCGCGUGCCUGCCCUGAAGUGGGAGCACAUGAUGGAGUCUCCUCCGUGUUAUGCCCACGUUAUACCUCCGGUUGGACAGAGCAGCACCUCCAAAAUCCUGCUGGGAGCACAGAAAGGACAGGAGACGUUUCUGCUGCAGUACUCAGGUGGUAAAGAAUUGCCGUGCCAAGCCGAUGGCCCAGUGCAGAAGCUCUGUAGUCCCUGCGAAAGCCUAAAGCAUUGGCAGCUCCCUCACAAACAGUACAUGGCAGAAGAGAGGCUGGUAGUACCUGCUACAGGUCUUGCAGCAUUGCAGAACAAUGGCUUCCUAUGUGUGUUCCAACUCACAGAGGCUGGAGACAUCUUCUACCAGACACUGAGGCAUGUCGUCCAUGACGACUCUAACCUCCAGCCAUCAGACCCAGAAGAACCAACCUCCCGGGUGAAUCCUGUACCUCAGCUGCCAAUUUCUGAAGAAGGAACUAGCAACACAAACUGUUCUCGUCCGCUGAGACCAGCGAACCCUGCAGCGGCUAGCAAGGAGUUAACGUUGAGAUGGAAAAACUGGCUGGACACUCUCCUUACAGCAUCCAAAAAACAACACCUGAAACACAAACAAGUCAAAACCAGCGAGGUUAUAACUUUGAAUAGGCGAAAAAUAGACAAGCUUGACCAGGACAAAUUUCAAAGCUUGAGGAACAACUUGACCGAUAUCUUGAAAAACAAAAAAAUGCUUGUUCAAGGCGCAACAUACCUGCCUUCUCUAGAGGUGACCCCUCUCCCGGAUGUAGUGCGCCCUGAUGACUGGCCAGACGAUCUGAGCCAGCGCCUAAGUGCCUCGUGGGAGGGUGGCUGGAAGUACUGGUGGGAUGACAAGCUUGGCCUGAACAAAGAAGACAGGAUCGAGGCUCUACGCAGGAAGCGCCUGAGACAGAAGCGAGAACGUGCACGAAACAGAGUCGCCCUUUCUGGAAGCUUCACCUCGUCCAUCGGCUACCAGGACAAUCUUUCCGAUUUUUCAUUGGGCGCAAGUCAGGAGUCAGAUUCGGACGCAGAGACUGUAGUCAGCUCUCAGAGUACAAAGAAAAAAGUCACGCCCGAACAGGAUGCUUUACCUGACAGCACAGUCUUGAACACAGAGCAUCGGAACACCACAGAGUCCCCAAAAGUCACAGAAUCUAUUAAAUCUUUGCUAAAAAGUCCUAGAAAAGAAACAAUAACGCCUGAGAAAAAUCAGACAUUGGAUACUACCUCAAGGAGCCAGCAAAAUCAGCCAGAACAGAAAACAGAAACUGACUCUGUGAGCUCAAGAUUGCAACGGCGGCGGCAGCAGCAGGAAUAUCUUAACUCUCUGUUUAGCUCCCAAGAAGCUUCCCAGGAUUACGGGCAGGAUGAUGAAAGUGGUGCAGUACUUACCAUGUCGCAGCUUUCGACCACCUCUGUCAUGCAGAGGGCUUCGUCCCAAAUUAGGACCUCCCAACCACAGAAAAAGCGCUCUCGAAUGGGAUUCUGAAGGGGACCAGCGCGUACCUUCCGCUCCAGCUGUCCUCGGGUAUCGUCGGCAGCUCGGGAGCACCGCAGUAGCUGCUGU